UUGGAUGCUGCCAACUGCCUAGUUAACACAUUCCGAAUGCUUUCUGUCAGCACUUGCAUAAAUAAUAAUCAUCAAGUGAGGCCACAUUGGUAAUGAUGGUAGUUUUUAAACACACUAUUGGUGUAUGUCAUAUAACUGUCCCCUUGCCUAUAAAAGUAUUGUCACACCUAUAUGGUCAUACUGUUUGUAGCAUGUACAAUUCAGCAAAGCUUCAUUAGUCCAGUGAAUACUGCAUGUCUGAAAUUCAAGUGAAAAGCCAAUUUUCAGCACUGCUUUACUGCAGUUAGUGCCAGUACUGCCUGAUGUUACAGAAUUCCUAAAUGCACACUCAGGCAAUAUUAAAUUUUGCAUUUUAAGAGCUUCCUGCAAAUGCAAUGGGCACCUGCCAUGGGACCGUGCAUGGCAACAGCAGCAGCAGCAACAGACCAUUGCCACCUGCUGCCCCUGUACUAGCGACCCCUCGUGUACGAAGGACACCACUGAGAGGCACACGAGGGCAUAAUGAAGCCACCCUGGCGUAUCUGGAGGCCCGGUCAGACCAAGAAAUGCAGAUGCGCAUGCUCGGUCAUGAACUUGACCGGGAGAGACUGGCCCUCCAGAUACGCCAGCACGACGACAAGAUGCAGCUCCACAUCCGCCAGCAUGACGACAACGUGAGGCUGAGGGAGCAGGAGCUUGAGCUGCGAAAAACUGAGCUGGCCGCACUUCUUGAGGAAAGGCGGAGCAGCCAAGUGUACCAGACUGCCCAGCUGGAGCUGAUCAAAGCUUUAGCGGAAAAGCUCCAAAAAUAGUGUUAAUUGUACCUGAUGCUCCAGUUUCUUGUUCAGUGCUCUUUUUUCUUUCUUUUCUUACUCUCAAUUCACGUGCAUGACGCUACCAUUUCUUGUUCACUGCUCUUUUUCUUUCUUUUCUUAAUCUCGGUACAUACAGAUCAUGGUGCACUAUUUUAAAACAAUUAAAUUAGGGGGUUUUACGUGCCAGAACCAAUAUUUGAUAGUGAGGCACACCGUAGUGUGGGACUCCGGAAAUUUGCACCACCUGGGAUUUUUUUAACGUGUACCUAAAUUUAACUACACAGUGUUUUCACAUUUAGCGCACUGUUUUAGCAUGCUCUGAUGGGAUAGUGAAGGGUACACUACCUUGCACAAGUUGAGGUGUAGUAUCUUUGCUGUGAAGUUUUUAAGCCAUGAGAAUGAAUGCUCGAGUUUUGUGUUUAAUUCAUGUGUUCCUCAUCAGCCACACUAAUUCUGCUUAUUUAGCGAUGAUUUAUUGAGCUGCCAUAAGUGUUCAAUGUUUUGCUCACGCAUAGAGGAUGCCUUGUCUUCAGAAUGCACGAUGCCCCAAUUUUUAUUCAAUAUUUAUUUUCUUUUUCUUUUCUAAGUCAGUUCGUACAGAUCAUGGUGCACUGCUUCAACUGGUUUAGUUUUAAUAGAAAUCGUUGAUGCGCCACUUUGUCAGACACUUUUCCAUAAUCUAAGAAAAUGGCAUCAGUUUGUAUGUUGGUGUCAAAGUUAACAUGCAAAUCAUGAAUGAAAAUGGACAGUUGUGUCUCACAUAAGAAACCCCUUUUGAAAGCCACGCUGGGAUGAAUGAAAAGUAUUUUUAUCGAGAAAUGCCACGAUAUAAGAGUAAAUGACAUGCUGAAUGAUUUUGCACGGGACACUUAAUGACAAUCACCACCAUCAAUCAGCCUAUUUGAUGUCCAAUACAGGACAAAGGCUUCUUUCUGUGAUCUCCAAUGACCCCUGUCCUGUGCCAAUAGAUUCCAGCUAUCACCUGCGAAUUUCUUUUCGUCACCCCACCUAGUCUUCUGCCGGCCUCGGCUGCGCUUUCUUUCUCUUGGUGCCCAUUCUGUGACCCUAAUGGUCCACUGAUUACCUAACCAACUCAUUAUAUGGCCUGCGCAGCUCCAUUUUUUCUCUUAAUGCCAAUUAGAGCAUUGGCUACCCGUUUGCUCUCUUCCUGUCUCUUAACGUUGCACCUAACAUUCUUCAUUCCAUAGCUCUUUGUGCGGUCCUUAACUUGUUUUUGAGCUUCUUUGUCAGUCUCAAGUUUCUGCCUCAUAUGUCAGCACUGGCAGAAUGCACUGAUUGUACACCUUUCUUUUUAAUGAUAAUCGUAACCUUCCAGUCAGUAUCUGAGAAUGCGUGCUGAAUGCGCUCCAGCCCAUUUUUAUUCUUCUAUGAAUUUCCUUCUCAUGAUCAGUGUCCCCUGAGUAAUUGACCUAGGUGACCAUACUCCUUCACAGACUCGAGAGGCUGACUGGUGAUCCUGAACUCUUGUUCCCUUGCCCAACUAUUUAUUAUCAUCUUUG